CUUGACUGUUACUAAAAUUUUGUUCCAUGGCUAGUAGCCUAACCAUACCAAUAUGAGUAUAUAGAAUUUGUCCUCACCAAAUGACCAAAACAAAAUUUACUAAAAUCAAAAGUACAAUGGGAUUACGUACAUAAGAAUUAAUAGGCAAUGUUAACACCCCCCCCCCCCAAAAGAUAUAUAUUAGUCUAAUAUCUUCUUUCUCUAGAAGUCUACAAGAAGAAUCUUAGCAAUUAAAUUUGCCAAUCAUAAAGUACUAGUCAUUUUCAUUGGACCAUCUUUGUUAACCAAAACUUAACAAUCUUCAAAUUUUGCAAGCAAUUGUCUUCCUAUAUAUUCCUUGAAUCCCUUUCCCCAAAACAUGAUAUUCUCAGUUUAGCACAGCCAACAGAUAGAAAAGCUCUCUUUACUAGUGAGUGCUUAUUGAAGGAUUGUGUCAUUUGAACAAUUUUAGCAAUGGAGAAUGGUAAGAGCAACACAUUUGAGCUCACCGUCAAGCAGGGACAACCGACUUUGAUCCCUCCAGCUGAAGAAACACAGAAGGGCCUGUAUUUCCUCUCAAAUCUUGAUCAGAACAUUGCGGUGAUUGUUCGUACAAUUUACUGCUUUAAAUCAGGGGAAAAGGGCAAUGAGGAAGCUGUAAGGAUGAUCAAGGAUGCUUUAUCAAAGGUUCUUGUUCAGUACCACCCUCUUGCAGGGCGUUUAACCAUUAGUCCUGAGGGAAAGCUGAUAGUGGAUUGUACCGGAGAAGGGGCUGUCUUUGUUGAGGCUGAAGCAGAUUGCACCAUUGAAGACAUCGGCGACAACACAAAGCCUGAUCCUGUUACUCUCGGAAAGCUGGUUUAUGAUGUUCCAGGGGCGAAAAACGUACUGGAGAUUCCUCCUUUGGCUGCUCAGGUGACUAAGUUCAAGUGUGGAGGAUUUGUUCUUGGGCUGUGCAUGAACCACUGCAUGUUUGAUGGGAUUGGUGCAAUGGAAUUUGUCAACUCCUGGGGUGAAGUUGCCAGAGGACUGCCUUUAAAAGUGCCUCCAUUUAUGGACAGAACCAUACUCAAAGCCCGAAAUCCUCCCAAGAUAGAAUUUCCCCAUCAUGAAUUCGCUGAAAUUGAUGACACAUCAAAUACUGCUGAACUAUACAAGGAGGAAAUGCACUACAGGUCAUUCUGUUUUGACCCAGAAAAACUCGAAAAGCUCAAAAGGAAAGCUUUGGAAGAUGGAGCUCUGGCCAAAUGCACCACAUUUGAAGCCCUGUCAGCAUUCAUAUGGCGAUCUCGUAGCCAGGCCCUGAAGAUGAAGCCUGAUCAAAAGACAAAACUUCUCUUUGCAGUUGAUGGAAGAUCAAGAUUUGAUCCCCCAAUUCCAGAAGGCUACUUUGGCAAUGGAAUUGUGCUUACAAAUUCAUUUUGCAGCGCGGGUGAGCUAGUCGGGAAUCCACUUUCAUUUGCAGUGAAGCUAGUCCAAGAAUCAGUCCAAAUUGUCACAGACAGUUAUAUGAGAUCUGCUAUAGACUACUUCGAAGCAACUAGAGUAAGGCCUUCUUUGACUGCAACGCUUCUCAUCACAACCUGGUCUAGGCUAUCUUUCCAUACUACUGAUUUUGGAUGGGGGGAACCUGUUUUAUCAGGGCCUGUAGCCCUUCCAGAGAAGGAAGUAAGCCUGUUUCUGUCUCAUGGAAGAGAAAGGAAAAGCAUCAAUGUGCUUCUGGGGUUGCCAGCUGCUGCAAUGAAAACGUUUGAAGAGCUCAUGCAGAUCUAAAGCUCAGAGCCUUUUGUUACUGAAUCUUUCAUCCUGCAUUUUAUUCUACCUAUUGUCAUUAUUUAUGUUCUGUAUUUGUUUCCACAACACUUACAUUUCCUGAUCCAGGAAUGUAUUCCAAGCUAUGUUUCUGGCUAAAAAAGAUUAUGUAAGAUUGUCGUUCC